AUGAGGAGCGUCACAUCCAGUGCCCUGCUCAGAGAGUCGCGUUUGGUCCCUGCCGCGCACCCUCGUGCCCUUUCUACUGUGAAGUCGCCCGAUGACCGGUUGUUCGUCUCAGUCAACGAGUAUCGACCGGAAACCGCAACCUCGGGAGUCACAUUGCUGCUCACACACGGUACAUCCUUCUGUAAAGAGCUGUGGGAGCCGUUGAUUGAAUUUUGGCUGCGGGAGGGCGGCCCUCUUCGCAUUUCCGCCGUCUUUGCCCUUGACGCCGUCAACCAUGGCGACAGCGCUGUCGCAAAUGAAAAGCAGCUGGGUUCGUCAACAUACUGGCCCGAUCAUUCAAGGGACAUCCUUAAAGUUCUGGACCAUCUUGGAGCCACCCGACCUUUGAUCGGUAUAGGACACUCUUUUGGCGGCGGGACACUAGCACAUGCAUCCUUAAUGCAGCCGCUCAGAUUCGAUGCCACCAUUCUGGUGGAGCCCGUACUAUUCCAAAUGAGAGAGCAAACAGCAGCGAUUUCCAGGCAGGCGCUGAAGCGACGUGACACGUGGGAGAACUUAGAAGAAACGUAUACGGCUAUAUCAGGGAGCAAAGGUUUUUCCGACUGGACUACCGAUCAACGAGAGCGGUAUGCUGUAUAUGCAACCAGGGAUAGAACGAGCGACUGUGGUGUUGUCAGGACACUGAAAACUACCAAGGAGCAGGAAUCCGCCACCUACCUUGCUGCCCCUUAUCCAACUAUCAUCGACCUCCUCUCGGCCUCGCGUGAGCCCCGUUAUUACAUCCUGGGCGAGCGAAGCCCAGUUUUAAACAAGGACUGCCAAGCGGCCGUCGAAAAAAUGGCGCAGAUUCAUGGCGACGUGAAAUACAUCCAGGAUGGAGGCCAUCUGUUGCCAAUGACACACCCAAUCGAACUUGGGGUAAUCUUAGAGCAAACGAUCAUCACAGCCAUGUCGAAAAUUGGCACUGUGCGAUGUCAUUUCUGA